AUGUUACGUGCUGGACACGUCUUCUUUCGGUCAUGUCGCUUGGUGACAUCCAGAAAAUCAGUCAAUAAUCAAAUUUCUCUCGCGAGAACUUCAUCGUCUGUAACAGCCACGGAACCCAGAGCCGUGACACCUAUACCGUCAGUAGGUGUUACGCCAGUAGGGAUUAUUAAAAAUCGCAAGCAUCACCUUCUCAUCAAUAGCCGUGAAGAACUGAAAAAAGCGCAAAGAAUUGUAGUGAAACUAGGUAGCGCCGUCAUUACUCGAGAAGAUGAGUGUGGAUUGGCUCUUGGACGACUUGCUUCCAUUGUUGAGCAGGUGGCUGAACUACAGCAAUCCGGUCGUCAAAUGCUAAUAGUAUCGUCAGGAGCUGUAGCAUUUGGUAGACAAAAGCUACGUCAAGAGCUUGUCAUGAGUAUGAGCAUGCGACAAACACUCAGAGGCCCAUCAGGAAUGACAGCAGAUAAAAGAGCUUGUGCAGCAUCUGGAAUGCCCGGAUUAAUGUCAUUAUAUGAGCAACUAUUCCAGCAGUACGGCAUCACUGUGGCCCAGGUCCUUCUUACAAAGCCCGACAUAGACGACCCACAAAGAAGGAAAAAUCUACAAGCUACAAUUGAGAGUUUGCUUGCUCUCAACAUCAUCCCCAUAGUCAACGCGAACGAUGCUGUGGCUCCAGAUCCAAAGCUGAAUAUGCAUAUUUCGGACAACGACUCGUUAGCCGCUCGUUUAUCGGCUGAGAUAGAAGCAGAGUUAAUGAUUAUCCUCUCUAAUGUUAAUGGCGUCUACACAGGUCCUCCGGACAUGGAAGGGUCUCGUCUGCUACACACUUUCGUUCCAACAGAGGAUGCAGCCGUUGUAUUCGGAGCCAACAGUAAAUUUGGUACCGGUGGAAUGGAGAGCAAGGUGAACGCCUGCGUAACCGCUCUUGAAAAUGGUGUCACCACCAUAAUCACCAACGGUUUGGCGCAAAAUGCUAUCACUGACGCGUUUUCCGGAAAGAAGAUUGGAACUAUGUUCUGUAGGACACAUUUGCACGAAGGUCCACCAAUUGAAGAAGUGGCUAGCAAAUGUCGCGACUCCGGCAGGCAACUUGCCUCUCUGAGUAAUGCAGAAAGAGCGGCCAUGGUACGUCAUCUCGCUGGGCUGCUCGUAGCUCGCGAAAAGGACAUCAUGGAUGCGAAUCGUCUGGAUAUGAAUAAUGCCAAAAACAGUGGACUUGAACCUCAGCUGCUGAAUAGACUGAAGAUGACCAAGGCGAAGAUCAUGGAUUUACACAAUGGCCUGAAUAUGAUAGCAGAUUCAGCAGAAACACUGAUCGGUCGCUGUCUAAAGAAGAUCAAAGUGAGUGACAACCUGAUGUUGGAGCAAGUUACGGUACCUAUAGGAUCCCUCAUGGUCAUCUUUGAAUCUCGCCCCGAUUGCCUCCCUCAGGUUGCAUCCCUAGCCGUGGCGUCAGGGAACUCGCUCCUUCUCAAAGGCGGAAAAGAGGCCGAUGAAAGCAAUCGUAUGUUGCACAGCAUUGUUCAGGAGGCACUCGGCACUCACGGCUAUGAGAUGCGCGAUGCGGUGACACUGGUCCGAAGUCGUGAAGACGUCGCUGAAUUACUCCAACUUAAGGAUCUCAUUGACCUUGUUAUACCACGCGGAUCGUCCGAGCUGGUUCGAGCUAUGCAGGAAAAGAGCAAGGGUAUCCCAGUUUUGGGACAUGCUGAGGGAAUUUGUCACGUUUACCUCGACAAGGAGUUGGACGAGCAGAUGGCGAUCAACAUCGUCAGAGACUCAAAAUGCGACUAUCCAUCGGCUUGCAAUGCAGCGGAGACAAUUUUAAUCCACAAAGAUCUCAUCAACACGGCGUUCUUUGAUCAGCUUUGCGGCAUGUUCAAGGCCGAAGGAGUGAAGUUACAUGCUGGUCCAAAGAUGCAAACGAUGCUGAAGUUCGGUCCCCCUCCAGCAGAAAGCCUCAAAUUUGAAUAUGGGGGUUUGGAGUGCACACUGGAGGUGGUUGAUAAUGUGGACGAAGCGAUCGCUCACAUCAUCCGCUACGGAUCUGGGCACACGGAAACUGUCGUGACAAGCAAUGAUGUCGUCGCCGAACAUUUCAUCAAGCACGUGGAUAGCGCGUGCACCUUCCACAACGCCUCAACGCGUUUCGCAGACGGUUAUCGCUUUGGCCUCGGAGCCGAAGUUGGCAUCUCCACUGGGAGAAUUCACGCACGCGGUCCUGUUGGGGUAGAGGGACUUCUGACUACGAAGUGGGUCUUGCGGGGUGACGGCCAUACCGUACAGGAUUUCAAACCAAAUGGGCGCUACCAGUAUCAACACGAAGUCAUGAAUCCAACGGAAGUUUAUAGAGCUGUUGAGCAGAUUCAGAAGUCGGCUUAAUUUGUCAGUCAUUAUACGCAUUGGCAUAAUUUAUUCACAUACUGUAAAGGCCAAGCCUUAUAGGAUAUCACCAUAUAUAUACUUGUAUCUUAUCACUUGUCUUUUUUGUAUGCUCUCCUACAAAGACUGAACUUACACCACCAUGCUUUUUAUGAAAUACCAAGCCCCACCUCACAUGCCCAACGAAUCGAACCUAUUUACAGAGCUCCCAUGAAAUUCCGGAGAGUCAAAAGUAAGGAAUUACUAGUCAAGUCAGUUGCUAACUUCGCGAAUCAGUAUCCACAUUUCGCACUUCUGC